AUGGUGGCUGCGCAGACCCCAUGGACUGCCAUCCUGCUGCAGGAGAAGCCCGGGCUGCACGAGUACAACCAUGCUCUGGCAGGCAUCGAAACAUACUACACCCGCUUGCAUCGAGCUAUGCAAGAUGGUGCUAUUCACGACCAGCUGGUUCUGAACCCAGACCAGACACACUCCCGCCUAAUGAAAUCCUUCGACAUAUUACGAGGGAAACAACUGCCGGGACCUGUAGUUGAGGAAAUCUUCAGGACCAUGGUCAUCCAAUUUAUUGAUGUCAAUAUUUUCUCUCCACCGCAAGUCAUUCAACUUGUGGGAUCCGCACUCCCUCUCAUUAUAAAGCAGCCUUCUCACUUUCUGCGAGACAUCGCCGAAACCCUCCUCGGGUCAGCCGAUUUAUUCAAUCAUCUGGUGGCCAAUGAAAGAUACACCGGGGUACUGAAAGAAUGGCUGCUGUCGAAAAGAAACUAUCUUCCCCUUGCUCUCUCCAAGCAGGUGGGCGACAGACUCAUUUCCAUGUGCAAUGUCUGUUCUGCCGACCAUGGCACAAAUGCUACUGCGGAGAGCUGGGACAUGGCCAAUAAACUCAUUGAAUCAAUCAGUUCUUUGAUUGAAACAUCGACUGAAGAGGAGCUGAAACGAGGAAAGGUCGAAAAUUUGCCUCCUUUGGAGUCGAUGAAGCUAUUGAGCUUGGACGACAAGAAGUCGACCUCAACAAACCAUGGCCCUAAGAAGGACUUCAAGAUUUCGGACGAUAUUCUUCAGCAGCUGAGGCAUUUCAAUAUUCAGCUACCAAUGUCCGCUCGAGGUUUUACAAACGCAAUGGACCAGCUUCAAACCGAAAUUAUCCCAUCACUCAUGCGUUCUGCCUUGGAAAGCUUCCCCUGCAGAAUCUGUUUGGAUCAUCUCACCACUGGCAGUCUUACAGGUACCCUGGCCAGCUCGGCAGAUCUGCCCUCUGAUCGUACUACAGCGCCAGGUAGUGCCCAGGACAUUUUUGGAAAGCGAGUCGGCAUUUGGAAAGUUCUACUCUCCGACGUUGCUUUCAAAAAUGCUAAGAAAUUGGUUCAAGAGGCCGAAUUCGCUGGCGUGGAGCAAAGACUCAGAGAUCUUGCCAGCGGCGAAUGGAAGGGCAAAGAUCUCUCUCGUCGUGUGGGAUCCAAAAUGCAGAGAAAGCGCAUGCAGAUUCCUAUUUUGGAAGUGAGUGCUUCUGCAACGGUUUCAAUCUUAUGGCAGGUUGAUGUUGGGUUUUAUGAGGAACUUCCCUGGGUCCAACAGCAGAUUGUCAAAGUCUGGCAAAUUGUUGCAUCGGAAGAAGAGAUGGAGACUGCAAUUGAGCAGAUCCUUUUGAUUCAGGAAUCUUACCCACCUGAGCUAGUUCAAUUUUGUUUGCAUCGCCCCAUACAGCAAUCUGAUGGAACCUGGAUGCCACAGCGGUUUAACAAUGUGAAAGAAACUGGUUCCUACCAGAUGAGAUCCAUCGCUUCUUCCAGUGCAACCCCAGCACUUAUUGAUAUGUCAAACAAGUUUUACAAUCUCACUGAGCCGUUCCUGAAGUCGAUUGUGGAUGAGAAUGGCACAGAAGAAUUCCCGUUUGAUCUGUCACCGGAAGAAUUGGAGAUUGUAAAGCACUUCAGUACAUCAAGCUUGAUUCUGGGACGGAGUGGCACAGGAAAAACCACAUGUUUGUUGUUCAAGAUGCUUGCCAAACAUAAAGCAAGACAGUCAAAUUCGGAUGAACAACAGGCUCGACAGCUUCUCUUAACUCGCUCUUCCUAUCUGGCUUCUAAGCUCCAGACAUAUGCCAAAAGUCUCAUAGACACCCAGUCUCAAUAUCCAUCGACUGAAGAAGAUGUUGACUCUGACUUGAAGCCGACUUCGUUCUUUGCCUUGAAGAAUUGUCAUUUUCCAGUUGUUUGCACUUAUGAAGAAUUCCUCGCACUUCUGGAGAAUACAAUCAGGAUGGCCGAUCGAAAGGACUUCCUGAAAGAUAUGGUUCCCAAUAAGACCAAGAUUAUCGACCCCAAGGGGAGCGAUAGACCACGAGUAAUCGAUUUCAGCAUUUUCAAGACAGAAUAUUGGGGUUGUCUGAGUGGAAUGGCUCCACCAUCCUGUUCUCCAGAACUCCUUUUCGCAGAGAUUAUGGGUGUCAUCAAAGGCUCCAGUGUCACUGCCAAGAGUUUGAAACCGCUGUGUCGUGCCGAAUACGUCAAAAAGAACGCAAAAGCCUCUCCUGCAUUCACUUCCGAGACAGACCGUGAAAAGGUUUUUGCAGCCUUUGAGCGUUAUGAAAAGCAAAAGAGGUUUCGCAAGGAAAUUGACGAGCUAGAUCGAGUCAGUGGCUUACUUAGGUCCCUGAGAGAUAAUAGAGCUCUAGCUGAGCAAAUUCAACGUUGUUUUGAAGAGAUCUACGUUGAUGAAAUUCAAGACUUGCGUUGUCUUGAUAUUGUCUUGCUUCUGAGCUGUCUCAGCGAUGCCCGAGGCAUUCACCUUGCUGGUGAUACUGCUCAGUGCAUCUCGAAGGAUUCGGUGUUCCGAUUCCCUGAGAUCAAGGCUUUGUUCUACGAACACUACGAAGUCAUUGCCAACCAACUGAAGCAACCGUCAUUUGGAAAGCCUGUUCAGUUUUCCCUGGCUAAGAAUUAUCGCUCUCAUCAGGGGAUCCUGAGUUUUGCCUCAUGGGUGAUGCAGCUACUCUGGCAAGGGUUCCCUGAGACAAUUGAUAGAUUAGACCCUGAAAUUGGCCAGAUUGGAGGACCGAAACCAAUCAUCUUUGCGGGUUUCGACUCUUCAAUUCUUUCUGCCAAAAUGAUCGGCUUGGUCAAGCUCAAUGACAAGGUCGCCGAUUUUGGCGCUGAGCAAGUUAUCCUUGUCCGUGACGAUACAUCUAAAGACAAACUUCAAACCCAGAUUGGCGAGAUCGCGCUUGUUCUUACGAUCUUGGAAAGCAAGGGUAUGGAGUUUGACGAUGUCUUGGUGUAUGACUUCUUCGGCAGCAGUGGCCUUGGCAGUAGUUACCGAUGCCUUCACAUGCUUGUCCAAGGAGUGCGGAUGCAAUUUGAUUCCCAGAAACAUGCAGCUCUCUGUUCUGAACUCAAGUCCCUGUAUGUUGCCGUCACUCGAGCCAGAAAGCAGCUUUGGUUUAUGGAAACCCAAGCGAAUAGCGUUGAUCCUGUUCUUCAAGCACUCUCGCAGAGUAAUAACGUAGCGCUCGCUGAAGUGGUGAAACAGAAGGACUCCAAUGUGGCGGAAAAGGUAAAGGUUCUGCGAGCCGGUGGUUCGGUUGACCCAGAGAGAUGGCUCAAGAGAGCAGCACAUCUUCUCCACCGGAAGAGCUUUGCAGAGGCACUGUUUUGCUACAAGAAGGCCAAUGACCCUCGGGGUAUCACUCAUGCGCAGGCCUGCUUAUACGAACAAGAAGGGAGAUCCUACCGGGCAGCUGGAGACACCGAGGAGUUCACCGCGUGUUACGAGAAGGCAAUUGUCCUUUUCCUCGAAAUUGGUCUGAUUAAUGAAUCCGCAAGCUGUUAUGAGGGCCUCGGACAAUUCGGCAAAGUUGCGGAACUCUGGAAGAACCAUGAGCAAUACCAAAAAGCUGCAUCAUUCUAUGAGAAGGGAAAACUUUUUGCUGACGCUUCAGAGUGUUAUCAUGCUUGUGGGCAAUACGAGUCAGCAAUCGAGGUCUUGCGCCGCGGAGACCAGUUUGAUGAACUUGUCACCUAUGCAGACAGGAAUCGCGAGUACCUUAGUGAAGCCACCUUGCUCCGUUACUCGAGACUUUGCAAUAUUUUGCUGAAGCAGGGACGUGUCUCCGCCAAUCUGAGGGCAACAACUAUCAACCUGCUUGGAUCAGAUGUGUCGAAGAUUGCUUUCUUCAAAGAAUUCGAGAUGUGGGAUCAGCUACGAGUCCUAUAUGCGACAAAGUCCAGGUGGUUCGAGUACUAUGAUCUGUCGCUGCUUUCCGGUGAUAUCCCUGCGGCGAUCAGCACAUUGCUGGUUCGCAAGUUAUUGCCAGUGGUCGAAAAGCCAGUAUUGGAGAAGCUGUUCAGUUACGCUAUGGUGGAAAUUCUGUAUGCCCACAUAGGCUUAAUUCCAGUCAAUCCCGAACGAGAGUCUCUGCUGAGGUCAGUCAAAUCGACCUGUCUUGAAAGCCUUGGGGCUCAGUGGAAAGCAUUGUUCCUGCUGAUUGAUGAUUUGGACGACAUGGAUGUCUCUACAUCAUCCAAAAACUUGGAUAAAGGUCUUUUGAAGGAUAUCUUCUGUCUUUUUGUGAUCUCCUUUGAGCCGUCAGUGUUCAUCAAGAAUCAAGUCGAAUACCUUCCUAUGGAUAUCAUGAUCCGAGCCGGAAGACUAUUCCAUGAGUUUGAUUCUGGGAACCAGUACUCGCUCAACGCCCUGGCCAUGACAUGUGGCAUUUUCACCAAUCCAAAACAAGAGAGUCAGACCCUGUUGCUUCACUGGUCUCCGCUGAGGUCUUACACGGUGACAUCUCUGGAGGGUUCUUCAUUCGAGAGUCUACUCGGCAUUGCGAAAGACUUCAUGCAAGAUAAAUUUGCGGCAGCACUUGCCCAGUUUCAUGAGAGUGCAUUCAGUCUUAUGAAGGAUGAAUAUCCGAUGACAUGUUUCUAUCAGCUCAACAGAGGAUACUGUGCAAAACACAAAACUAAUGAAUGCCCGUGGUGGCAUGAGAAGCCCACUCUUGAAUUUGCCGUCGCGAAGCUGAAUUGCCUAAUAACCGUGGCUGAGGUCUUUGCGCGCCUCACGCCUCUUUAUCACCGACGGCUUCUAGGCGAAGAAUGCAGCAAAAGCUUCCUGGGUCGUAGGAGAACUUGGAUUCAAAGAAUCCAGGAUGAGGUCUUGAUUGUCACUUCGCUUGAGCAAUCUUCGACAGCAAUUGCAAACUUACGUUCCAAUCUGCAAAUCAAACCAGAGUUUGCUUCAACCGCCUACUGUCUAGAAGAGCUGCUCUUCUAUCGCAUGAGCAGGGAAUGGGGUUCAAUGAUCAGUCUAAGCACUUCUCUAGAGAAGGUCCAGGAAGCCCAAUUUCUUGGUCCUUACCCAGCGGCACGAUUCCAGCGAGCCCUUUUACUAAGUUUGGAGCGCAGUAUGCCAAGCUCUCAGCGCUCCGGUCAUCCACUCGCGGUGCCUCACAAGGCUCUGAAUGCCGUCGAAAGGAUUCGCUUCGGGGUCGCAACACGCAGACUUCAACCAUUUUACAAUGGUGUCGGAGACUUUAUCCUAUGCCUUAUGGAAACACCUAAGUCCGCGCUUGGGUCUUUGCACGCAGUUCUCUCUGUGCUUGAGUUUGUAACAACCUAUAUUCUUUGCGUGGCCAACCCAGGCAAGGGUAUUGUUGUUCCCUGGUCUUGGGCCGUACAACAUCUUUCAACAAUCAUGCAGUCGCCCGAAAGAGAACAUGUGUUUAAGGACAGAGAGAUCAGAAUCCACACCACCAUCUUGAUGAAUGUUGUUAAAGACUUUUGUGUCCUCCUCGACGAUCUCGAGGAUGCGAUCGGUCGCGGCCAAGUCAGGUUCCAAGGCAUUGGACGGAGCAACUGGCUAGUUCCCAUCGUCAAACGGCGCUGCAUUGAGCUUCUGACGACUGUGAACCUCAACCUGAAUUAUUGGCCGAAGCAGCCAAUCGGAUUCAAGGAUGCCGAAAAGUUGGUUAUCAAGACGAUCCGGUACCAUGCUCCCCAAGGGAUGGCAUUGGAAUUUUCUAGUCCUGAAAGGCUCCGACAGAGUUGUAUCCGCGAGUAUGAGGCCUACAAUCAAAAAGAUGAGCUUUGCGUUAUUACGCUCGAUGACAGAAAGUCUGCUCCACUCUUUCUACGAUCCUUCACACAGGGCAACGCCAAGUUUGCUCAGCUCAGUGAAGUCUUGCGGUUGUCGCAUAUUGCCGAGAAUCCCCUAUCUACAAGCCUGGAAGAUGAUUGGCAGAUUGACGACUAUACUGGAUACGAGCUAGAGAUGAUCAAGAAUCUCCAGCGACGCUGGCGGGAGGUAAUGAAGAUCCUCGAGAACAACAGAUGCAGGGUACAGACACGCGAGGGCCAGCUUAUCCAGCGUUUCCAUGACAUUUGCACCAGAAUCAUGAGUUCUCUACCAGCCGCCGCUUGGCCAAGCCGGGAGAAGAUACACAUGCGCAAAGUGGUCUUCACUGAGGGUGUCAAGAUUGCCAUGGCUCUGGAUCGUGUUGAUUUGAGUUUCCGACAACUGAAGGACCGCUGGAGGCAACAGUUCGAAAGCAUUUGGUCCACAGAGAAGCUCGAGGAGCUCUCCAUCAUUCGUGGCCGUAUUCUGCCUCUUGAUGGACAGCUUGAAUACAUCAUAGAACACUGGUCUCCAAAGGGCAUUCAGGACGGUAUGAUGAACGUUCCGGCUGAGACACUCGGCGUGUCAGCUCGUGAGGCCCAGCGUGCUCUAUGGGCUGUUCAGCAUGAGAUUGAUAUUAUUCGAUCUCAGGUUGAGAUCAUUGCGAAGAGACCUGAUCUUUGA